AGGGUUUCACGGCUUCACACACACAAACUUUGCCAAAGAGUGCAGAAAGUGCGGCGGCUAGGUCACUGGGGAAAACAGGCAAAGGACGCUCUGGUUUGUGGUGACUUUUACCCAUAAAGCUUGAAUGCAAUUUGAUUGGAAUAAUGAUAUUAACAUAGGAAUGUGACCGGAGACUGAAAACCAAAGGUGAUGGACUGACUGUUUGCAUUUCCUCGGAGGAUACAGAAAUGUUCAUUACCAGAUCCUUUAGGAGCUUUCUCCCUUCUGCAAUCCGAAUGCUGAUUCAUGAUGGAAAAAGAGCCAGAGGCACUUCGGGGAUGGUUGGAGGAUACAAGCAAGCUCAAAUUGUGAUAUUGCACAAGUUCCUGGCUGAUGAUUUUGAAAAAUUCUGCCAUGCAAACAGUGGCCCAUUGCCAUUACUAUACAGGAGUCAACCAGGAGAAUGGAAAUAUCCUAAAGACAACUCCGAUAUUGGAACGGACUGCCCUCAGUAUUGUAGACAUGAAUUGGGAAACUUCACUGGCAAUGUACCUGAUCUACUGGAGUACUCAAAAGAGUUGGAGGAGAUGGUGACUUUCUACUUGGGUGGCAGCUUUUCUGUUGAACAGAUGCUUCUAAAGGCAGGAGUUCCACUCAGGCACGUCGAACAAAAUCGCACCAUAAGCAUGUAUAAGACGUCGGUGCCGUGUCGUGAGGUGGGCAGGUUUCAGUGUAACAUGGUGGUCUCCGUGACGCCUGUCCCAGAGGGAAAACUCGACGCUGUCGCACAAGCCACCCACCCAGCAAGAGAUGUUCAUGGGGCUCCAGUUCAUAUUGGCCACCCUGGAUUAAUUGGAAUCCAGGAUCUGUCCAGACCAGACUAUGGGGAUCCAGUUCAGCCUCAUCAAGGAGACGUCCCUGUGUUCUGGGCCUGUGGGGUGACAGGGGUGGAAGCUGUACAGAGCUGCAAACCUCCUCUGGCAUUCACCUACUCUCCUGGCAGGAUGUUCAUCACUGACUAUAAAAGGAACGAGUCCAGUCCUGUUCCCAACACUGACCCGCCAGAGACCGUACAGACCUUCUGCAUCUCCCAGAACCCUCUGCACUACAGUGUUGCCUCUGCUGCUGCAGUUCAGAAGAUCAGGGCCCUGGAGUGUCACAUUGGGUCUGACCCAGGUGACCGAGGUAUAAAAGCCCUGUUCAUCCAAGACGAGCUGCUGAAGGCCUCCCUCUGCAUGUCUCAUGCAGCCUCAGUUCUCAUCACUACCGGGUUCCCGACCCAUUUCAACCAGGACCCUCCAGAGGAAACUGAUGGACCUCCAGGUGCCAUCGCCAUGGCAGCCAUGCUCCAGGCCCUGAAGAAACAGGUUGCUAUAGUAACCGACCACCGGUCCUUAGAAAUGAACAAGAAGAUUAUUGAGGAUGCUGUUGAACAAGGCAUCUUAAGAACUCAAGUACCACUGCUCAGCUUCCAAGACGAUAGUCAGGAUUCAACUCUGAGGUUCCUGUGUCAAGAUGGCAACCCCCAGACACCCAGGUAUGACCACUUGGUGGCAAUAGAGCGUGCUGGCAGGGCUGCGGAUGGAAACUACUACAACAUGAGGAAAGUGAAUAUCAAACACCUGGUCGACCCCAUAGAUACUCUGUUCACAUCGGCAAGCACAAUCCCAGGCAUCAUGACAACAGGUAUCGGAGACGGAGGCAAUGAGCUGGGGAUGGGAAAGGUGAAGGAAGCAGUGAGGAAGUUCAUGCCACAUGGGGAGCUGGUAGCUUGUGACGUUGGAGCUGACUUUGCUAUUACUGCAGGUGUUUCAAACUGGGGGGGCUAUGCGGUGUCCUGUGCUCUCUACAUCCUGAACUGCUGUCCAAUUCACGACAGAUAUCUCCGGAAGGCAGUUGGGUUCCCCAGACACUCGGAGCAGGAUUCCUGGGCCUCAGCACUUCCAACAGUCACUAAGGAAGAGAAGCUGCUGGAAAUCCUGGUGAAGUACGGGAUUCGGAGUGGCAAAACUGGAAAUCUGGGAAUGGAGGUGGACGGCCUGCCUUUCUAUGACACUCACUCUGCUAUGAUCCAGCAGCUUCGCGAUAUCACACUGCAGCCAGUGGCAAUGGCAUGACAAGCCCAGCAACACUUUGUAAAACAUUUUUCAAUAUUGCUUCCAAAGAGUUCCUGAACUUUGUUAUUUUUUAAGAUAGAGCGCCAAAUAGGAAUACAAAUAAAUAGCUCAAAUGGCCUUUUUACUGAAGAAUUGUAUAGAGAAAGUUCCCUUUCAGGGACAUGAUUGUAGCCAAGAACUUUAAUAACACAUAGACACUGAAUACAUCGUUGGUCAUUUCAUUUAGCAAAAUAAUAUCCAUUGGGAUGUUGUAAGGAUGUUUUUGUGAAGUUAUACUGCUUGAAUUAUUCUAGACUAUUCUUUGCAUUCAUGUAGCCAGACUGUAUUUUGGGGAGUUGUGUGAACUGACAUAAUGUGGUUCCUGGGAGGUGCAUGGGUGAUCGUCAUUGUUUUGAAGAGGUGGUGAUUGCUUGUCCUGAAGUGAGUAACAUAUCUUCAGUGGUACAUAACCACCUUUGAUUGCGUUAUCGCCAAUCAGCAUAUUGCCUGACAUCUCUCAUUGCCAUUGUUGCCCAGCACACAAUGGUGCCACUCCUGUUUCAAAGAGUCAGUCUUUUUCUCAAGCAAGACAGCUAACUGAACUGUAUUGUCUCAAAUAUAUUUAUGCCUGUAUGUAUCUGUGUGCCUCACUCACAACCAACAAUAGAGCCCUGGAGAGAACCUGAUUGUUCCAUUGUUUAACAUGAAUAUAUAAAUGUGCUUGUAGAAGUGUUAAGUGUUUCAUAUAUGCAUUGUAUGCUAUGUAAAAAUGUACUUCAUGUAACGUCUAUAUCUAUAAACUUUAUUUUGCGGUUUUAAUACUA